AUGGCAAUGGCGGCUAGCACCGGCUUUGGGAGUUUGUUUGCGUGUAGAUUUCUUCUUGGGGGAUUUGAAGUACUUCUCAUCCCAGCGGUAACUUUACUCAUUGCUAUGUGAUAUAGACCAGAUGAGCAACCAGCUAGAAAUGCCAUCAUUUUGAACGUUAUAGCUCCCAUCCUCAAUGGACUCGUCGCCUGGGCAGUCGGUAUGAACACAGCGAAGAAGAAAUCGAACAUUGGCUUACAUGUUCCAGGUUAUCACCAAGGACCCUUCCCUGCUUGGAAAAUCAUAUUCUUGACUCUCGGUGCUUUCACAAUCUGUUGGACACUCGUAGUUUUCUUCUUUCUGUAAGUGUUUCACACAAAGAUAAAGCGUUUCGAGUCACGCUCUAGCAAACUACAGACCAAACACCCCUCUUGAAGCAACUUGGCUUUCUGAACGACAAAAAUAUAUGUUGAUCCACCGAAAAUCAACAGACAAUACCGGAAUUUCAUCUCCAUUGCUCGAGCCCUCGCACAUCGUUGAAGCACUGACAGAUCCAAAAACAUGGCUUAUCUGGUUGGCUAUUGUUGCACUCCAAGUCCCUAACGGUGGCUUGACAACCUUUAACACACUGAUAAUUCAAGGCCUAGGUUUCGAUAGCAGGACCACUGCACUUCUCGCGAUGCCACCAGGAGCCAUGAGUACGCUGUCUGGAAUAGGAUUGUCUAUCCUUGUCGCGCACACGAGAAGGUACCGAACAUCGAUCGUGGCAUUCUCAAUUUUACUCCCGCUGGCUGGAGGAAUUAUAUGUUAUUCCCUUCCAAGAACCAACCUCGCGGGGCAACUAAUUGGAUUAUACAUCUUGUACACGUAUUGGGCGCCCUACGUAGCGCUCGUCUCAAUAUACCAAGCCAAUGUUGCAGGCCAUACUAAGAAGAUCUUCCUCUUCGCUUGGUUCUACGUCGCGUGGGCGGCUGGCAAUAUCAUCGGUCCACAAACGUUUCUCGAAUCUCAGGCUCCAAAAUAUACAGGUGGCACAGUCGCAAUGAUCGUAUGUUAUGUGGUGGCUAUCUUUUGUGUACUUGGCUAUGGGGUUUUGUGUACGAGGAAGAAUCGUGAGCGAACAGAGGGAAUAAGCGAGAAUUUAGGGGCGAAUGAUUGGUUGGAUUUGACGGAUGGAAAGAAUCACAGUUUUAAGUAUACUACUUAA